GUCAAGCAGUCAUUAUAAUUGUUUUGUUAAAGGGUAAUGUUCUCUUAACAACAUUAUAACUGUACAUGUUACUGAUAGAUAAACAUAAUCAUCUAAUAAAAUCUUAGAAGACACCAAUUGUCUGUUGAUUGAUUCAAUGAUUAUGUAUUUAAUUCAUUGCUUAUAAGUAAUUCACAUGUUGAUACUUGUAUUUCAUUUAGAAGUCAUGAUUACAUUCAUUAUCAUUAUAGUCUUAUUAAUACAAUCAUGUAAUACUGGUUCAUCAACAUCAUCUAAAUGUAAAAAACAACAGGGACCUUUCGCGAGAUUUUGGUCUUUAUUGGAAAACAAAAUUUCAUUUUAUUCAUUUGAUAAUAAUAAUUAUUAUUAUUGUUGAAUGAUUCCAUUUUGAUUAUACACUUAACAGAAUAAUUUUGGACUUUAUUUGGUAAGUUGACUAACAAUUGCCAAGUGAUUUUCUCAUUGACCACAUUUUUUUCACAUCAAUUAGAGCUAGACCAUCAUGGAAAACCUGGAAGAACUGAACAGCCAUUUCGUCCCAUUGUGGAACCCCUCAGCAGUUUACAUCGAUGAUUCAAGAUCGUUCUAGUAAGAAGCAGUGAUUAGUGGAGUUGAACGGGUUCAGUUGUGAAAUAGUAACUCACUGAAGACAAUGAUUAAUGUGUCUGUCAAUGUCGUGGAUCGGUUAAAGUUAGACAUUAACACUGUUUGAUGCCGGCCAGCUCAGUUGCCUAGAGGGAAAGCACUCGAGCGCGUGACUUAUAAGUUCUGAGUUCAAAUCUCGCGAGUCAAAGAUGGUGGAUGUGCACUGUUGAGGAGUCCCACGAUAGGAUGAACUCGCCAUGCACUGCUUCCCUGUUUUCCAUGGUGAUCAAGCUUCAAUUGACUCAUGAUCUCCACUGUUAAGAUUACUACCAUAUCCACAAAAACCCCUUCUGAAAUUAAAAAUAUACGGAUAUCGUCUAGACAAUGUCAGUCAGUCAGUAACAACGUAGAACUUUGUACGUACAUGAAUCAAUUCGAAAUGCCAUACCACAUUAGCACAAAGAUGCAGUUGUCGAAUCAAAUUCCAUAAUAGUAGAAGUAGUAAGAGUAUAAACA